CGGAAAUUACCUAAACGUUCUAAUGAUAUUAUUCGUGAAGGUUGGGUUUAUCAUGUUUCUAGAUGGCCACUUUUAGGAAUGAUUGGGUUUGCUUUUUUCAUGGAGUUUAUGGCUUAUGCAUUAGUAAGACAGAUUGUGAAUUUAGCUGAAUGGUUAGUUGAAUGGAGAGGACAUCAACGUACACUUCGACAAAAACUAAGUACCGCAAAUGAUUAUAAUGAAUGGAAAUCGACUGCAUUAGCAUUAGAUGAAUACCUUGGAUAUGAUAGAUGGAAAAGAAGUUCAUCAAAUGCUUAUUAUGAUGCACCAUUAGUUAGAAGAGUGAUUCAAAACUUGAGAGAAUUGAGAGAAAAAGAUGAUGCGGAUGGAAUUAAAUCGGUUUUGGAAGUUUGUGUUAGGAAUAAUUUUGCUGGGAUUGAAAGUUCUAGACUUUAUUCGGAAACUCAUUUUGGUACUAAAACUCUUAUUGAAGUAUACACAGAAGAAGUUGAAAGAUGUUUAAAUUAUUUAAGACAAACCACACAUCUUUCUCAAUCAGAGAAAUGUGCUUUUUUUAGAAGAGUAACUAAAAACUUUGGUACUUCUGCUCUUUGUCUUAGUGGUGGUGCUAGUUUUGGUUAUUAUCAUUUUGGAGUCAUUAGAGCUUUAUUGGAUGUACGCUUGAUUCCUAGAGUCGUCACUGGAACGUCUGCAGGAGCACUUAUUGCUGCUUUCCUUUGUACACAUACGGAAGAAGAACUUGAUCGAUUGAUCGUACCUGAGUUGGCAGAUAUGAUCACGGCUUGCUCUGAACCUAUUACAGCUUGGGUUCCAAGAUUAUGGCGUACUGGUGCUCAGUAUGAUACAGUGACUUGGGCUAAGAAAUUGAGUUUCUUUACAAUGGGUUCGAUGACUUUCUUAGAAGCCUAUGAAAGAACUGGACGGAUCUUGAAUAUCUCUGUGAUACCAUUUGAUAUUCAUUCACCUACGAAACUUUUGAAUUAUAUCACAGCACCUAAUUGUGUGAUCUUUAGUGCUGUCUUGGCUUCAGCUGCUGUUCCGGGUGUUUUGAAUCCAGUGGUCUUACUUGAGAAAACUAAAGAUGGUAGUUUAAGACCUUGGCAGUUUCAGGGUAAACAUAAAGAUGGAAGUUUAAGAGUGGAUGUUCCACUGGAAAGUUUACAUUUGUACUUUAAUACUUGUUUUUCAAUCGUUUCUCAAGUCAAUCCUCAUAUACAUAUUUUCUUUUUUCAACCACGUGGUGCACCUGGUACACCUGUUGUACAUCGAAGUGGUAAAGGUUGGAGAGGUGGGUUUUUAUUAAGUGCAUUAGAACAACUUUUGAAAAUUGAAUUAACCAAAAACUUUCGAGUUAUUAGAGAUUUAGAAUUACUUCCAGAAUCAGGUGGUCAAAGUUGGUCUGCAGUCUUUUUACAAAAAUUUGAAGGUUCGAUUACGAUUUGGCCCAAGAGUACGUUUAAGGAUUGGUUAAGGAUUUUAUCGGAUCCAAGUAGAGAAGAAUUAGGUAGAAUGAUUGAUGUGGGAAAACGAGUGACUUGGCCAAAAUUACAUAUGAUUGAAAAUCGAAUGAGAUUAGAAAGACAGAUUAUACAAGGACGUGAAGAA